AUGCCGGCUAACGAUGCAACGGACAAGCUACACUUUGGCUCGUACGCCACACUGUCCGAUGGCAAUCGCAUCCCAAGGCUGGGCCUCGGCGUGUACGAGAUGUCGGACCAAGAAGCCUCGCGCGCCGUCACCUGGGCGCUCCAGGCCGGCUAUCGUCACUUUGAUUGCGCAGAGUGGUACUACAACGAGCAGAGUGUCGGAUCGGCCAUCUCGCGCUUCCUUGCUUCGCCAGGCUGCCCCAUCAGCCGCGGCGACAUCUUUUACUGCUCCAAGCUGCAAUCCAACAACGGCUACCACGCAACCAAGCGUAGCAUCGCCGAGUCGGUCAAAAAGUGUGGCCUGGGAUACAUUGAUCUCUACCUCAUCCACAGCCCCUACGGCGGUCGCGACAACCGACUCGAAAGCUGGAGGGCCAUCCAGAAGGCCAAAGACCAGGGCCUCGUCAAGAGCAUCGGUGUCAGCAACUACGCCGAAAGACACAUCCAGGAGCUUCUCGACUCGAACCCCAAGUACCCACCCGCCGUCAACCAGUGCGACCUGCAUCCUUUCAUGGCGCGUCUGAAGCUCGUCGAAUACUGCCGCGCAAACAGCAUCGCUUUGGAGUGCUGGGGUCCCCUUGUGCGCGCCGAAAGGUUCGAUCACCCCACCAUCAAAGAGCUUGCAUCCAAGCAUUCGGCCACGCCUGCUCAGGUGCUCAUGUACGUGCACUGCCGUUCCGCCGCCGCCCGGAUUCGCUUCUCGCUCCAACGAGGCUACAUCACAAUCCCCAAGUCGGUCUCGCAACACAGGAUCAUCGAAAACGCCAACGUGUUUGCAUUCGAGCUGGACCGAGCCGACAUGGAUCAUCUGCUUGACCUCGACGAAUACCUAGUGACCGAUUGCCAGAAGGCGUUCCUUCACCCUGGAGCCCUCUCUCCGCUCGACCUGUGCGUCGGAUGCCAACCUGGAAACGGCUUUUUCCCGUGGCCAGAAGAGCUGGUCGCCCUUCCUUCUUCCACCUCCACCAGCUACGACUCUCCCCUGCAUUCGGUCUUCGAGCUUUGGAUGAUCACGCCCUUCACCCGAUCUCUCACUCGUGUCGCCAGAUCGCUGCCUCUGUCCAUCUCCCACCCACUUCGCCUUCCGAACCGGCUCGCCUAUCCCUCUCCACUCUGCAUCGUCGUGCGCAACAUGUCUGCCACCGACGCCGCCAACCAACCCGACGCGGUCAACCUCGUCAAGGAUGACGCUACCGGCGAGAUGGUCUCCAAGUCCGAGCUCAAGCGUCGCAUGAAGCAGCGCGAGAAGGACGCCAAGAAGGCCUCCAAGGCCGCCGAGGCUCCCGCCCCCGCUGCCGGCGCCAAGUCCGCCGCUGCUGCCGAGGAGGACCUCAACCCCAACCAGUACUACGAGCGUCGCUUCAGGACCAUCGCCGCCCUCCGCGAGUCCAAGAACCCCGACCCCUACCCGCACAAGUUCCACGUCUCCAUCUCGCUCUCCGACUUCAUCUCCAAGUACGAGGGCAAGGUCGAGGCGGGCCAGCACCUCGACAACGAGGAGGUCAGCAUCGCCGGCCGCCUCCACAACAUGCGCUCCGCCGGCCAGAAGCUGCGCUUCUACGACCUCCACGGCGAGGGCGUCAAGGUGCAGAUCACCGCCCAGCUCCAGGACCACACUGACGGCGACUUUGCCGCCAUCCACGACCUCCUCCGCCGCGGCGACAUUGUCGGCGUCACCGGCGUGCCCGGCAAGACCAAGAAGGGCGAGCUGUCCAUCUUCCCGCGCUCCAUCAAGCUGCUCUCGCCCAGCCUCAAGAUGCUGCCCAAGGCGUCCCAGGGCGACAAGGGCGGCUUCACCGACACCGAGCAGCGCCACCGCAAGCGCUACCUCGACCUCAUCAUGAACAACCACGUGCGCGACAUCUUUGUCAAGCGCGCCAAGGUCAUCAACUACGUCCGUCGCUUCCUCGACAACCUCGGCUUCCUCGAGGUCGAGACGCCCAUGAUGAACCAGAUCGCAGGCGGCGCCACCGCCAAGCCGUUCGUCACCUUCCACAACGACCUCAAGCUCGACCUCUUCAUGCGCAUCGCUCCCGAGCUCUUCCUCAAGGAGCUCGUCGUCGGCGGCCUCGACCGCGUCUACGAGAUCGGUCGCGUCUUCCGCAACGAGUCGAUCGACCAGACGCACAACCCCGAGUUCUCCAUCUGCGAGUUCUACAUGGCCUACGCCGACAUGUACGACCUCAUGGACAUCACCGAGUCCAUGAUCUCGGGCCUCGUCAAGGCGGUGACUGGCUCGUACAAGAUCAAGUACCACCCGGAUGGCAAGGAUGUCGAGGGUGGUCGCGAGUACGAGAUCGACUUUUCGACGCCCUGGAAGCGUUUCGACAUGAUCAAGGAGCUUGAGAAGGCCACGAACACGACCUUCCCGCCUGCGGAUCAGCUGCACACCGAAGAGACGCGCAAGUGGCUUUCGGAUCUGGCUGCCAAGCACAAUGUUGACUGUUCCGAGCCACGCACGUCGUCGCGUCUUAUCGACAAGAUGACGGGCGAGUUUAUCGAGACGCAGUGCAUCAACCCUUCGUUCAUCGUCGGACAUCCGCAGGUCAUGUCGCCUCUGGCCAAGCGUCAUCGCGACAUUCCCGGACUGUGCGAGCGCUUCGAGGUGUUUGUGGCCACCAAGGAGAUCUGCAACGCCUACACCGAGUUGAACGACCCCUGGGUGCAGCGCGCCAACUUUGAGGAGCAGAGCCGCCAGAAGGACCAGGGCGACGACGAGGCACAGGGCGUCGACCACGUCUUCAUCGACGCCCUCGAACACGGUCUCCCUCCCACCGGUGGUUGGGGUCUCGGUAUCGACCGUCUGGUCAUGUUCCUCACCGACUCCAACUCGAUCAAGGAGGUGCUCGCCUUCCCCGCCAACAAGCCCCUCCCUACCGACAACAAGCCCCAGCCCGUCCCCGAGCUCGAGCCCGCGACCGAGUCUCAGGCCUAA